AUGCCUGCGUACGUGCCUCCACAUCGCCGAAAUGCGGACAACGAUCUCGACAACAGCAAAGAGGAGGAGCCGUCCAAGAACCUCUUUGUGAACACCGCGAAGAAUGGUCACAAGGAGCGGUGGGCCAAUAUCGACGACGACGAGCCCGAGGGCUCCCCGCAGAAGGGGAUCAACAACUGGAACGCCUCGCCGGAAGGAGGCCAAGGUGGCGGCGGCGCCAAGCAGCCGUACCGGCCACCGGGGGCCAGGACGAGGGGCGACGGUGACAACGUCAACUUCAUUCGCGACAUCAUGAACGACUUCGAGACCAACGGCCAAGGUUGGGGCAAUGCUGGCCCGGCCCUGACAGGAAAGGAGGUGGGCGGCCACCACACGGACCUGACCGAGGCACACGUGCGCGGGGACGGCGAGGUGCCGCAGCCGUUCACUACGUUCAACAGCUGUGGCUUCCCCAAGCAGAUUAUGGCUAGCAUCUUCAGCCUUGGCUUCGCAGCGCCCACGCCCAUCCAGGCCUACUGCUGGCCUGUGGCCGGUGCGGGCCGCGACGUGGUCGGCAUCGCAAAGACCGGUAGCGGGAAGACCUUGGCCUUUCUGCUGCCGCCCUUUACGAACUUUCUGGGCGUCCGGCCGACUGGUGGGCCCUCGAUGCUCGUCAUGGCGCCUACGCGCGAGCUGGCGGUGCAGAUCCAGACAGAGGCGGAACGCUUCGGCCGACGCUUAGGUGUCUACUCCGUGUGCGUCUACGGCGGUGCGCCCAGGGGCCCGCAGCUGCGGGAGCUGCGCGCGCUGUGCCACCUAGUGGUGGGCACGCCCGGAAGGCUCAAUGACUACCUCGAGGGCGGCGAGCUAAAUCUCGAGUACUGCAGGAACCUGGUCCUAGAUGAGGCGGACCGGAUGCUGGACAUGGGCUUUGAGCCCCAGAUUCGAACCCUCAUCAAGGCGAUCCCGCGGGACCGGCAGACGAUGAUGUUUAGUGCGACCUGGCCAAGGGAGGUGCGGAACCUGGCACAGGACUACCUCCAUCGACCGGUCUACAUCCAGAUAGGGUCUCACGAGGCCACAGCGAACAAGGACAUCAAGCAAGAGGUCGUCAUCUGCAACGGCCAGAAGGACAAGACAGAGAACCUCGUUGAGAUCUUGACGAGCGUGGAUCGACAGGAGCGCGUCAUCGUCUUCACAAACACCAAGAAGCUCUGUGAGUCCUUGGCAUCAGAUUUGUACCGCAGCCGACACUUCCAUGUCGUCACCAUCCACGGCGACAAGGAACAGCGGGAACGAGAUCAGGCGCUGCAUGCCUUCAAGGCGGGCCGCUCCCCCAUCAUGCUGGCCACAGAUGUGGCGGCACGCGGGCUAGACAUCAAGGGCGUUAAGCUCGUUGUGAACUACGACGUGGCAAGUUGCCCAGAUGACCACAUCCACCGCAUCGGCAGAACGGGCCGUGCCGGAGUGCCGGGGCGUGCAGUGACGUUCCUAGAUUCAAGGGAGACCAAGGAGGCGCGCGAGGUGAUGCGUUCCAUGGAGAAGGCUGGUCAAGAGAUACCGUCAGAGCUGCGCGACCUGGCCGAUACCGGCGGCGGUGGUGGCGGCCGAUACUCCCGCUUUGGGAAAGGCGGCGGCAAGGGCGGUAAUCGAAAGGGUGGCGGUGGUGGUGGCGGUGGCGGCGGCGGUUAUGGCAACCGGUCCUCGCAGAGGAAUGGCGGUGGCUAUGGAAGCCGCGGAGACAGGGAAGGCAGCUGGAGAUAG